AUGCCAGCACCAACAGGUGCAGCCUCAGCAGAGCAGAUGCCCAGCUCGCCUGUGCAGGCGCAGCCCACAGAGGCGAAGGAUGCAGCUUCAGAGGAGCACCAGUCGAGCAGGCAAGCUCUGGAGCAUGCACAGGAAUCUCGGAUAGAAGGAGCAGCCUCAGAGGAUUACCCACAGAGCGGACAAGCUCCGGAGCAUGCGCAGGGGACUCAGGCGGAAGGUGCAGCCUCAGAAGAACACCAGCAGAGCACCCAUGAUCAGGAUGCGCAGGCGACAGAGGCAGAAGGUGCAGCCUCAGAGGAGCAUCAUUCGAGCAGGCCAGCUCUGGAGAAGGCGCAGGCGACAGCAGAAGGUGGAGCAGUGGAGCAUCUCAAGCAGCGCAGCAGCGACAUUCCCCUGCGCCAGCGCUACAAGAAAAUCCAGAUGGAGAGGGAACAGCGCGCAGCACGCAUCCAGGCAUCAAGCUCGUCCGUGGGCAGCGCAGAGCCGGGGGCGGCCAGCACGGUGGUGGCGCGCAUGCACUACAUGACAGCGGCCGAGAUGAAGUGGACGAUGUCAUUUCUGCACACCGCUGAGGUGGCAGCCGCAGUGUUUCUUGCGCUGAUUCUGGUGGCCAAGCUGCGCGGGAAGGACCAGUGGCUCGCGACGCAGCGCAACCUGAGCAUUGCUGAUGCAGCAGUCUUUUUGUUCCUCUUCCUGUUGCUCUUCGGGCUUUUCGCUGCCUUUGCUGCGCACGUCCAAUGGGCCUCAAGGCACGGCCGAGCAUGGCCGCAGCGGCAGCGCCGGUCUGCGGCGAUCCUGACGGUGGAGGCGCUGACUCAGAUCGCCAAUCUAGGCUUUGUGGUGGCGGCUGAUGUGUAUCUGCUGGCGCGGCCGUGCAAUGUGCGCUCUGAAGUCACCUUCGGCCUCGCCUUCGGCAACUGGACCUGCUGGAACACCCUCUUCCUAAUUUUGACGGUGCGGGCACACAACCUGAACAUGUGGCAGGACAGCGAUGGAGCACCCAGGGGUGACCGCGCCGAUGCUGUUCUCCUCGACGCCCCCUGGAGCGUUCAUGCGCCAAAGCUCAUCCUGUGGGCUUCAGUGGAGGUCAUGAAAGCUGUGCAACUUUUACGCAUGUUGCAUGACGGUGGUAUCAUGAGCGCGCCGUCCUGUAACAAGGCGUUCAGCGGGUGCCGCCACAAUGCCACCUAUGUUGCGCUGGCUGGCGCCAUCUUUGCAGUCUUCUUCGCGUACUUCGGACUGUUCUUCUUCUACCUCGGCCGCGCCUUCCGCCAGCUGCGCGCGCACAACUACAGGGAUUUCCGAGUGACCAACCAGACGGCGCGCCUAAUGUUGCGCACUCGGGUGACAAGCAUUUUCAUUUUCGCGGCCGGCUUUGUCAUUUAUUAUUUUGUGAGAAUGGAAUCCUGCACUGCGUGGACGGCCUCCGCUUCUGGCUAUAUGCCGCUGCACUUAGUAAUGACCACCAAGAUAGGCGUGCUGCUGUACAUGCACACGCCCUCCAAUGCGCGCGGCAAGGACCAUGUGCUGCGGGUCUGGCUGGAGCAGUUUUCGUGGACGGAAGCGGCCAAGCCAGGGAAGAUGGAGCAGCGGCGGCAGCAGCUUCCGGCUGACAGCGCUGCAGGGAAUGCCAUGCAUCGCGAGCCCAUGUUCUGCUUCGAGACGGCCAUCAAGCUCUACUAUUUCUCCCACAUCAUCUAUUACUACGAGAAGCUGGACGGCGUGCUGCCGGAGUGUGCGGCAUGUGCCAACAACCCGGUGGAGCAUGUAGGCAUGAACAGGGAACGCCUUUCGCAGACGAUCGACCACCUGCGGCCCCGCCUUAGUCAUCUCAAUGACAUCAGCGGCCCGGUGCCACCGCCUGAUCGUGCGCUGGAGCCCCCGCCCUUCGCCACCCACCUGUCCGGGGGGGUGAGUAAUCGCACAGUGUGCCCAGAGUGCUGCACCGAGAAAGACCCGGCAACAACCCCUGGCGGGGCGGCGGCAGCUGCCGCGAAGCUGGACUCGCUGGAUUUUGCGCUCGGAUUGUACAAGCUCGAGGACCUGGAGAUGAUGUGGGAGAGAAGAUGGGACACUGUGGCGCUGGCGUGGCAGCGCGCGUACCCGCCCGGGCGCAGCGGCCGGCUGCUGGGCCGCCUGGCAGUGCACAACGGCUUUCUGAAGUCCUACAUGGCCAACAGCUUCAGCGAGCGCAUCGUCAGCAAAGUGGUGGACGUCGUGCGAUCCCACAACUGGCCCAGCACUCAGGUGUUUGUCACCGGGCACUCCCUGGGCGGCGCACUGGCGAAUUUGGCGGCGUAUGACAUCGAGAAGGGUCUAAAAUUGGUGGACAGAAAGACGACGGUGUCGUGCUACACAUUUGGCGCCCCCCGCGUGGGCAACUAUGCCUUCGCGCACGAGUACACCGCCAAUGUACCAGAUACCUGGAGCAUCAUCAAUGACCAGGAUGCGGUGGCGCGCAACGCGAAAUUCUGGCUGCUGUACAAGCGGCCGGGGCAGCGAGUGCUGAUCAAUGAUCGAGGUGACAUGCUCCACUACUUGUUGUCCUACCGCGACUCGCUGGCUGCCGUCUGCUCUGCGCAGAUGAACCGCAAGAAACGCGUUCAGGGUGGCCUGGCGGGGGUGAUGGUGUUAUUGGAGGGAGAUGAAUUCGUGCGGGGAAUAUUGGAGCCUGCCGGGCUGACGCUGGCGGACGUGCGCAACCGCAACCUCAUCUCUGGCAAGUCCCCUCUGCAGGAAUGCCCCUGGACGGCCUCGCGCCAGCUGUCACGCCAUUGCUCCUCAGCCGUCAGGCCCAUGAGCACUGUUGCAGAGCAGCCGGUGUCUCCCUUCCACGAGGUGGAGCUAUCACCUGGGCUGAAGCUAGCGCGGUCGAGCGCCGCCCCGGCCGAGCCGGCCGAGGAAGAGCGCGCGGAUCAGCCGCAGCCGUCGAUGCGGCGGCAGCACACCAAGCACACCAGCAACGACUUCUGGUGGACCGCGCUGCCCAAGAGGGUCAGCAGCCGUCCGUUAGGCCCGCAGAUGACGGCCUCUCUGGCCGGCCUGCCGCCGCGGCCGGCCCCGCCAAAGCAGAGCGCGGUGUCAAGACAAGUGCAGAGACUCUCGAGAGCCUUCUCUGGCUUUGCAUUCCUGCACGGCGCGGACUCGAGCCAUUCUGAUAGGCACCAUUCCCUCGGUGCAACAGCCAGCGUUCUCGCAGGUUUAGCAGAACUGCUGCGAGGCAAAACACCGACGCCGUUAAUCGCCGCAGCCGCGGCCCCGGCACAGGAGGAGGAGGUACACGCCGCAGACGUGCAGUCAGCGGCGCCGCUCCGGGGGGUCCGGUUUGUCGGUGGCGAGCGGGGGUUCCCUGGGGGGUCUGAAGGUGGGUUUAAGCCGUUGUCGCAUGAGGAGCUGGCUGCCAAAUUGGGCAACAUGGAAGCCGGCCUGCACGUGGCUGCUCCGCGCGCGAAAGAGCAGAUAGCAGGGAUUUGA